CGACUACCAACAGUCAAUCGUUGUCGUCAUCGUGAGCACACGCCAGGAUAAUAAUAAUAAUCCUAUCGCUACCGUCGCAAGUCGUCUCCGAUCAUCUCCAGUGGUGGCGCCGCUCACCAGACAAAGAAUUUUCCAGGACGUUCCAGACGAUAUUUAUACACACAUAUAUAUAUAGAAUUACGUUACCAGCUAAGCAGCGCCAUGUCGCGCGGCUACUACAACGGCGGUUACAACCACGCGUGCGAAGUGGACCAACACCGAUACGAGGAAAUACCAGACAUCGAUCCAUCCAUGGACUUCCUGCAGGCCGACGACACGUCCACUUCGUUCUACUACAUGGAGUCACCGACGCGGAUACGCAGGCCUUCGGACACCGCGGACCCGGCCGAACGGACGUUGCUGUUGCGCGCCCAACAGCACAACCAUUACCAACAGCUACAACAACUGCAGAUGAACGGUUGUCCGCCACCACUUCCGGCCGCCCGAGCUAGGCGAAACACGCCGCCGUCCGCGGCCGGCGGUGACCGGUCCGUGGCGGCCGUGACGCCCUGUAAGGCCAGGCGCCGGUUGGACGUGUACGGCGACGAAUUGGGCACCGUCAGUCUCCCGUCCACACCGUCCGGCGGCCGGACCGCGGACGUGUUCGCGCCGAUGAUGGCGCAGACGGCGGCGACAGCGGCAGCGGCCAGACCGGUCACCGUGCGCCGGGCCCGGUCGUCGGCCGCCCUAUACAACAAACACAAGCGGCCGCCGGAGUUUCUAUCCGAAUACAAUCUGGACACUUGUGUGCCGGUUACCGGUGUCCAGUAUGACCGGCCAAGGAACACGGCCAUCAUACAGCCCAUCUACAAGGCGCCGCUGCCGUCCGUGUUUCAGGUGGAAGAGAAAACUACGCCGUAUCAGACCGAGUCCCCCGCCAAGCCGUCGUGGUCACGGACUCCCCCGGCCCGGACACCCGUCCAGUCGCUGCCCGUGUGCACGCUGUGGUCAGCCGCCAUGGUGCUGGUGGUGUCCGGCACGGCCAGUUGCAUGCUGUGCUUCUACCUGAUGUCCCGGCGCGGUCGGCUGUACUACCUGAACGCUGGGCUGCUGGCGGCCGCCGUGUGCCUGGUGCUGGGUUUUCCCGGGUUCCGGUCACAGCAGUGGCGGUGGCUGCCUAACCGCAACUACGUGACCGGUUACAUACUGGUGGCCAUGUUCAGCGCACUGGAGACGUGCGCGCUGUGGUUCAUGUGUCAGAGCACCGUGCUGGACCCGGCGCUCAAUGACAUCGGCGCCGGCGUCGUGUGCGGUAUAUCUGCCCUGUCUGUCACGCUGGCCUGUCUAGGCGUCAGCACGUCGUACUGUUGCCGGUACCCACCGCCCGACAACAGGGUCGCGCACGCCGUCGAGGGGUUUGUCGUGUAGACCGCUACACAUAUCACCCACCUACUCAAGAUUAAUUAUAAUGUCUAAUAUUAAAUCGUUGCAUCGACUAAUGAAAUCCAUCCGCUGCACUUCGGACUCGUUCCAUAGUAUAUAGUUGUAAAUAAUAUAUUAUGCUAUAUUUACAUGGGAUUUUACACGUUUUUUCGAUACGUUCGAAAUUAAAAAUAAAUUGAACUAAUAAAAAUAAUAUUAUACGACGAAUGAUGAUUAUUGCAAAUAAAAAAUAAUUAAUGGUAGUACCUAGUAGCUACUUCAAACUCGAUGCGAUUCGUUCAUCAAUCAUGUCUUAUACUUGUAUUCCUUGAAUUCUGAUUUUUAAAUUUUAAUAUAAACAAACACAUAGUUUAAAUAGAAUAUUCCCACUUAUUUUGUCAAAAACCAUAAGGAUGAUUGUUUUUUGUUUUUUUAUAUGUAUUUCGACAUACAUAAUCUGACACACAAAAUGUAAAAUCUAUUCUUUGAAAUAAAACUUUCAUCAAAGUUAAACUCCAAUACAAUAUACAACGUAAUCAUUUAACUUAGUGUGUGGCUUUAUGUUUGACCAAUAGCAUAUUAAUAUUUCAUUAAAAGUGAAUACAUUUAUUUUUCUAUAUAAUUAUUUAUUAGAAAUAUUUGCAAAUAUAAUAAAAUAUUUACCAGAUGUGGGUAGUGUAUACAUAAUAGUCAUAGCUCAUAUUGGAUAGUAAAUCAUACAAAUGUAAUUUGUAGUUUGUACUUAAGUAUAAUAGGAACAUAUUAUUAUAAUUGUUAAUAAUACAAUUAAAUUUAAAAAGUAUGUAUUGUAUUGUAUUGUACCUACGUUCGAAUAAAUAAUUAUAUGAACAAACUAUAUAAAUAAGUUAUUUAAA